AUGUUUAUUGUCAAGAUAUGGUAUAUGUCAUUUAAAGAUUUAAAAGAUCUUAAUGUUUAGUAUGAUUAUGAAAUCUCAUAAUUUAUAAUAUGACAGGGGAAAUCAUUAAUGCCGAUACACUUGAGGGCCAGAGCGGCAUAUGGUACUUUUCGUGAACAAUAUAGGGGUGAUGAGAGGAAUCGGGAUAAGAUCACAAAAAAUCUCGAGUUAGUGGAGGGAUUUGAGACCGCAUCCAAGGAGGCUGCAUCUGUCUACAUUUCGCAGGAGGAGGAACAAACCGCGCCAGACCCUCACAUGCUUUCUGCAGAGGAGAACAUCAAUCUCACACAGAACCUGAUGGGUCAUAAUAGGAGAGGAAGAUAUCCUCUACAUGGUGUCGGAGCUUCACCUGGUAUAAGCAUCAGAUCGUCCACAGCAUCCUCCACACCAUCUACAUCGACGAGAGCAGCCACAAGCAGUUUCCAGGCUAUGCCAUUUGUCGCACGUAUCUCUGCCUUCUUGAUUGACAAAAUUGACCCGGAGCUGCAUAUUCAGAGUGGAGAUAUUGGAGGGAGCAGCACCCGUUCUCGUAAUUGGGAUAGUGAUACCCCCGCCGACGACGAUGGAUGA